AUUGGAUGUUGCGGAAUGCAGUAUACCGCUCUACACUGGGCAGCGAAGCACGGAAACGAGGAUGUGGUUAAACUAAUUGCCGGCACCUACAAGGCGGAUGUGAAUGCGAGAACGAACGGGGGAUACACUCCUCUCCAUUUGGCCACCCAGUUUGGUAGGGAUAACAUCUUUGAAUUACUUUGGAAUGUUUACAAGGCCAAUCGGGACAUCAUGGACUGGAGCGGCAACAAGCCACUGGACUACAGUCGCCAGCGGUCGAGCGUCUCGGCCUCGACGUGCAGCAAAAUCAAGGCUCGCAAAAAGCAUGCAAUCGAAAAAGAUUUGGGCUUCCUACGGAUUGGUUCUCUGAAUGUCCGGGUAAAGAAGACCACCGAGGCGUUCAGCAACUUCUUGGGAGUGGGCAAUGGCAGUGGGGUGGCGCCGACGGGCUAUGGCAAUGGCGGGUCGGCGGGAGCAGCAAAUCGCCAUCACCCUCGAUCUCACCGAGCCCCUCAUCAGCGUCAUCAUCACCACGUUGGUACGACACGGAGUCGCCAUCCGAAUCAGAGGGCAGCGAUGAGCACACCCUAUGCCACGAACGGCGGCCUUCCGUCAAGGGCGAGUGUGCCCAAUAGCCGGAACAUCUACGAUGGAGUGCACAAGUCGUGGGGAUCGGCGGACAACAUACCGCAUCGAUCGGAGGACCUAAUGCCGCCGCCCAAGGCGGUGGAGUAUAUCAGCAAGCGGAAUAAGUCCUCGAAGCGUUCGUCCUAUGCAUCGAACACCACCGAUUCGCCGCGUGAUUCCAUCUGCUCCUCGAACUCCAGCUCGAAUCUGAAUGGCGGAUAUAGCAGCAUGCCCACGACACCGAAUCAGUUGCGUGCUCCCAAGGGCAUCGCCGCAUCCUUCGCCGUGGACUCCGACUCGGACUCCGCCUGCGGCUUCGACUCCAGCUGGUCGGUCAACUGUCGCGGUUCCUCGAACAGCAAUCGCUCGCAAUCCUAAUUACCUGAAUAUUGUUGUUAGCCCAGCCUGAAUGUCUACAUACCAUGCAACUUUUAACAUUGA